GUUCCCCCCCACGUCGGCACCAAGCUGUACAUGGCCCAGAUCGAUCCUCAUCUCACGCGAGGCUGUGAAAUCGCUGUGGAUAUCAACGAGCAUCUCAUCAAUGACCUUGAAUGCGUACAGCUCAAAUAUCUCCGACGUGUCCUUGGCCUAUCCAGUCGCUCGCCUAUUGCCCCGCUCUUUGCGGAGACCGGCAUGAUGCCAUUGCGCCAUCGACGCUUAACGCUCGCUCUUCGCUACCUCGACCACGUCAUCCGCGCCCCUCCUGAGCGUUACAUAUCAUCUGCGUUGCAACUGCUCUUCGCCCUCUCUCUCGCCGGUCAUAGCACAUGGCUUACAGACCUGCUGUUCUCACUCCGCCGCUUGCCGCAUGCCCCUAUUGAUGCGACUGUCCUCGAUCUUCUUGAUCUCGGAAGACUUACGGAGAUCGAGCUCCAAACGUUAUAG